AUGGGCGUAAGGUCGCUGUGGAAAAUCAUCCAGCGUUCUGGAGAGAAAGUUGUGCCUUCAAAUAUGAGGCUUGCUGUGGACACAAGCAUCUGGCUUGGUGCAUAUUGGCAUCUCAGGAAUGAGGAUGUGAUUUAUUUUUUUUCGAUGCGAGUGGUGAAGUUGCUGUAUCAUGGAAUACAGCCUGUGUUUGUUUUUGAUGGUAAUGCACCAGAAGUCAAGCGGCAAGCACUCAGAGAAAGACAGGGUACAAUUGAUGAUUCUGUUAAAUACCUUGAGAUGAAGCUUAUAGAUAAAGAAGGCCAAGAGCUAGCGUUUGAUCCAAAUAACAUUUUUGAUGAAAAAUAUAUGGAGAAAUGGGGAGAUGCGUUUGAUGAUAUGCCUGAUGAUGUGUCAGAAGAGUUGAAUUGUAAAAAUGAAGCAAUGACAUUCAGUAAUACUUCUGAUGAAUAUGAUCAAAUACCUGGCAGAUAUGAUGAUAUAAAUGAUAAGAUGACAAGUAGUGACAGUGAGUCAGAGAUAGAUUUUGGAUUUGUUGAGUCGAAGGAGAUUUCCAGAAUGCAGAAGUUGAGGAGGCUGGUUGAUCUUCGAGUUAACAGGCGGAAGAUACGAACAAAAAAAGAUUAUGGAAGCAUGGAAGUGUUUUCUGCACAACAGAUCAAGAAUCUGAAAAAGAGAAACUUUAUAAGUCAAAGUAUAAGGAAUAUGGAGGUAAACCAAGCCAAGAUUGUUCAAAGUGACUGUAAGGUUGUUUAUGGAUUGACUAAGAAAGUACGAUAUGGCACCAUUGACAAUAAAGAAGAGAAAGCCAGUGCGGAAGAAAUCAAGUAUAACCAAUUAUGCAGCAUUGAUGCGCAUGAAGUAGACGAAUGGAUUGACUCUGAUACAGAAAUGCAUAAGGAUCACGAAGAGAAGCAUCACGAUGCUGGACAUAUCGAAUCUGGAUUGAUUAUUAAUGAGCUGACGAGCAGACAUGGAUAUUUUGAUAAUGUAUCAUUUGAAGAAAGCAUUCAGAAAGUAGAUGGCUUGUUAAGCAUACAAAAGGAUAAAGUAAAUGAGAUGAUAGUCAAAUGCAAAGGCGAAAGAAGCAUGGGAGGAUUUUUUGCAGAUUCUGAAUUUGGAGAUCACGAGAAAUUGCAGGACUUCAGAAAGGUUUUGAAGCCAAUAGGAUGCUCUGAUCGAAUAAUUCAUCUGCAUAAAAUGAACAGGGUAAUUGAACAGGUCAAAAAGGUACUUUUGGAGUUCAACAUUGCGUAUGUUGACUCUCCAAUGGAGUCUGAUUCGCAGUGUGGAUUCAUGUCAUUGAGCAACAUGGUUGAUGGGGUGAUAACUGAGGACAACGAUGUUCUCCUUUAUGGCGGGGUUGUUUUCAGGCACUUCUUCAGGAAAAACAGAGAUAUUGAGCGAUACAGUUUGGAUCGAAUUGAACAAAAAGUUGGCCUUAAUAGAAAGGAGUUAGUGAUGCUAUCUUAUCUACUUGGAAGUGAUUAUACGCCUGGAAUAAAGGGAUUUGGGCCUGUGAAGGCAUUGGAAUGUGUAAGGAAUGAUGGUGUUGAUGAAGAGAAGAUAGCGAUGCUACUUGGAAUGUAUUUGAAUCCGAUAGCAGCCAGCUCUGUAGAGAUCACCAGGCCUAAGGUUGAUUUGAAGCGCCUUGAGAAAUUUUAUGAGCAGAAUGGGGUUACAAGAGAACGAAUAGAUGAGAUUUUGUUCUUUCUCCGUAAUAAAAGAUGGGUUUAUGAUUAA